AAAAGAGAAAAGUGAUCGAGAUUCUGUCCACAGCAUCGUCGGAGUUACAGAAAAAAGAAAAAACUAAUACAGUACUAUACUAUCGUCGGAGAUGCUCAUUUGAAGAUGUGGCGGCACCGUUCAAUCCCCUCUCACAUGAAGACUCUCUAUCUACUUCCAUAUCUAUCCUCCUCCUCCUCCACCUCGCCAUCAUUAUCAACAAACACAAUCAAGGCCAUUCGAACACUCUUCUCACUCUCCUCCAACCCUAGUUCUUCUACUCUUCUCCCACCCUCGCCUCACUCUCUCUCUCUUCCCCAAACCCUAAUUCUCCGCCCAACUUCUCACCCUUCCAACUACAAUCCGCCAAUCACUCACGGUUUCGGCUUCCUCCUCGCAAAAUGCGUUUCGUCGAUCUCGUCGGCGCAUACAGUGGACUGGAACGAGCCGGUCUCUUACUCGGAGGACGGGGAUUCUAACAGUGGAGGUGUGAGCGAGGAGGACACCAAGUCCUCUAUUCCUGUUAGGGCUUUUUUCUUCUCUACAAGUGUGGAUUUGAGGAGAUUAGUGGAGCAGAACAAACCCAAUUUCAUUCCACCUACUUCUCGCAUGACUAAUUAUGUCGUGUUAAGGUUUGGCAAUGAAAAACCUGGUCCCAAUGGUUUGGGUGCCAAUUUAAGCGGAAGUGACUGCUGUUUCAUGGUAGUUUUUCAGUAUGGCUCAAUCGUCUUGUUCAAUGUACGUGAUCACAAAAUUGAUGGAUAUCUGAAAAUAGUGGAGCAACAUGCUUCUGGGUUGCUCCCUGAGAUGAGGAAGGAUGAGUAUGAGGUGAGAGAGAAGCCGGCUUUAAACACAUGGAUGCAAGGUGGAUUAGAUUAUAUAAUGUUGCAAUACUUGAACAUUGAUGGAAUCCGUACUGUUGGCAGUGUUCUUGGUCAAAGCAUUGCGCUUGAUUACUAUGUCCGCCAGGUUGAUGGGAUGGUUGCAGAGUUCACUGACAUCAAUCGUGGGAUGGAGAAAACUGGAACCUUUACAAUGGAAAGGAAAAAGCUAUUUCAGUUAGUGGGCAAGGCAAAUUCUAACCUUGCUGAUGUGAUUCUUAAGCUUGGACUUUUUGAGAGAUCAGACAUAGCAUGGAAGGAUGCAAAAUAUGCUCAGAUUUGGGAGUAUCUCAGAGAUGAAUUUGAAUUAACUCAGAGAUUUGCAAGUCUUGAUUUUAAGUUGAAGUUUGUGGAGCACAAUAUCCGCUUUCUUCAGGAGAUCCUUCAGAAUAGGAAGUCAGAUUUUCUGGAGUGGCUCAUUAUUAUAUUGAUUAGUGCUGAAAUCCUUAUAUCCGUGUAUGAUAUCGCCCAUAGGUCUGCAAUUACACAUCUAUAACUUUAGCUUCCAAUGAUGCUUGAGAGCGGAGUUGAAUUAAUUUCUAGGUGAGGGCAAUUGCUGUGUAUAUACUCUCCGUGUGGAUCAAUAUACAAACCAGAUAAUGCAAGUCUCUUUUAUCUCCUGAAAAUUAGGAUUUUGAGUGUCCUAAGUUCAGUUUUGUUUUAUGCUUGUCACAUGAAGAAGAUAGAUCCCGUCAUUUGCUUCAAAAUUAGUCUUAUUCCUUUUCCAUUUCAAAUCUGUAUCCCACAAAUAGUGGGGAAUGUGAAUCAAAGCAUUUGUUUCCUUCUUGUAGCCUGAUUUCCCGAGUACGUCAAUUGCAACUUUUUGCAAGGUGAUAAGGCAGGGUUUCCUUGUUUCUUUCCUUC